GAGCGCUAGGAGGAGAGGGAGAGGAGAGCGCAGCAGCUGAGUGAGCAAACAAGAGGGCAGAAACAUUUCGGUUAUCUUUCCGAGAUUUAUCACGCAUCGACCUGUCACUUUUACUGCUUCGUGCCGAGUCUUAACUUGAAAGAGGACCGCAGCAGCAGCAGCGCCCUGGUCUGGUGGUCUGGUCUGCCCGGGCAGUCCGCCUGCGAAAAAAAAAGAAAACUCUCCGAAACGCGGUCGUCUCAGCGGGCAUGAGCUAAUCUACCAGACAGUCAUGGAAACCAAACCGUUCCUGUCAUUGGGGUUCCUGAAGCCCCAGUGCUCGUUGGCUCAUCCCAUGCAGCGAGGUCGCUCGGUCGAGGCUUGUUCCUGCUUCAGCGGCAUGUGUCACCUCCACCAGCGUCGCCUGUCCUCAGACUCGUUGGGCCAGCUGACCUCCUCGCCCACGUCUCACCGGGGAAUGCACCCGUCUCUGCUCAGCCCGACCUCCAUGGGGCCCUCGGGCUCCCUCCACUCUCCCAUCAGCACGCUGAGUUCGCCCAUGAACGGCCUCGGCUCGCCCUUCUCUGUCAUCAGCUCGCCCAUGGGUCCCCACUCCAUGAACUCGCCCGGCAUGGGAUACGGCCCCAGUGUCAGCCCCCAGAUGUUCCAGCUGAACUCCCCGAUGAACUCGCUCAGCAGCACGGAGGACAUCAAGCCCCCGCUGGGCCUCAACGGCGUGAUGAAGGUGCCCGCCCAGCCCUCGGGCACCAUCCUGUCGCUCACCAAGCACAUCUGCGCCAUCUGCGGCGACCGCUCCUCAGGUAAACACUACGGGGUGUACAGCUGCGAGGGCUGCAAAGGUUUUUUCAAGCGGACGGUGCGCAAAGACCUCACCUACACGUGCCGGGACAGCAAGCACUGUGUCAUCGACAAGCGCCAGAGGAACCGCUGCCAGUACUGCCGCUACCAGAAGUGUUUAGCCAUGGGCAUGAAGAGAGAAGUUUUGUUACAUGCAGCCGUUCAGGAGGAGCGCCAGCGAGCCAAGGAGAGAAGCGAGAACGAGGUGGAGUCCACCAGCUGCGCCAACGAGGACAUGCCCGUGGAGAAGAUUCUGGAGGCCGAGCAGGCGGUGGAACCCAAAAACGAGACCUACAUCGAGACCAACCUUGGUGUGCCAUCCAAUUCGCCCAACGACCCGGUGACAAAUAUCUGUCAGGCGGCUGACAAACAGCUCUUCACCCUGGUGGAGUGGGCCAAGAGGAUCCCCCACUUCUCUGAGCUGCCGCUGGACGACCAGGUCAUCCUUCUACGAGCAGGUUGGAACGAACUCCUUAUUGCAUCAUUUUCGCACCGCUCGAUAUCGAUUAAGGACGGGAUCCUGCUGGCGACCGGGCUGCACGUCCACCGCAACAGUGCGCACAGUGCCGGAGUGGGAGCCAUCUUUGACAGAGUGCUCACAGAACUGGUGUCAAAGAUGAGGGACAUGCAGAUGGAUAAGACGGAACUGGGGUGCCUUCGAGCUAUAGUCCUUUUCAACCCAGACUCUAAAGGUCUGUCCAAUCCAGGGGAGGUGGAAGCUCUGAGAGAGAAAGUGUACGCGUCUUUAGAGGCCUACUGCAAACAGAAGUACCCCGACCAGCCUGGCAGGUUUGCCAAACUGUUGCUGCGGUUACCAGCGCUGCGCUCCAUCGGCCUCAAGUGUCUGGAGCACUUGUUCUUCUUCAAGCUCAUCGGGGACACGCCCAUCGACACCUUCCUCAUGGAGAUGCUAGAAGCCCCGCAUCAAAUGACAUUAUAGCAGAGAGGGUUGAGGCCCCCCCCCCCCCCCAACAUCUACCACCAGAUCUGGAUCGGGGGCAGUGUCCCUCCAGCGAGGGACAGAUCACGUGUCAGAUGGAGAACCUCCCCCUUCCUCCCUACCCUCUCCCCUUUGGAUGUGUUUUAAGACAAUUAAUUCAUCAUGUCUAUGGGUCUGUUUUAUACCUUGUAAAAAAUAUAUAAAUAAGAAAUAUAUAUAUAGAUAUGAAAAUCACGAGUGACAACAGUGGACUUCAACUAAGGUCGGACAGAAGACAAAAGAAGCGCAUUGAGCCAUCCUUUCCAUCCUUUCCAUUAUUUCCAUCCUUGCUGUUCCUACACGGUGACGAGAAAAAGCAAACGAUCGGGUUUUAACACCCACAGUUGCAGGUAUUUAAAAAAACAGAAAAAAAACAAAACACGGCGUUGAUGUCACAUUUGGACACUCAGCGUUGUGAUCGGGGACAAUCGUGGACUGGGAGAGCCUCAGGCCGCCUAGACUUGGAACUGAGCCCUCUCUCUCUCUCUUUUUCAGGACUGAACUCACUUUGGGGGAGGGACGGUGUGUGAGUGGGGGGAUGGGGGGGGAUCCCGCCCGACUCGACCGCACGCACGCGUCAGGUCUUGCACUAGCCGUUGUGAAUUUGCUGGAGUCGAAACUCGGGGGGGUUAACGAGACUGCAAGUCCUUAAAAGAAAAAAAAGAAUAACCUCAGGUGUCUGCCCGAUUCCAACGGACACAGACCACGUCUUACUCCGUCAGCACUGUGCGACAUCGGGGAGGACGACAUUUCUCGUCAAUCGGCCCUUCAGCUAACGCCAAUCGACCGAGUCGGGAGAAGAUGCAGGCCGACAGCAGCACAUUAGCUUUACGACGCUGUGCGGCGCUCUGAAACUUGGCCUCGUCCCAUGUCACAGCAUUUUGGGCCUUUUGUUGCGACGCCGGCCAGAAAGUGAGCGUCAGUCUCAUCUGUUGGGGGGGAGAAACAUCCUCAUAUUCGCGUCACUUCACGUGACUUUCAGCACACCAUCUCUACACCUCCACACUC